UUUUUUCUCUUUAUUUAUCCUAUCAUAAACAAUGGCCGAGUUUGUUAAGCUUUCUAUCUUUGGCACUGUGUUUGAAGUCACUACAAGAUAUGUCGACUUGCAACCUGUGGGUAUGGGUGCCUUUGGUCUUGUUUGUUCUUCAAAGGACCAAUUGACUGGCAUGAAUGUCGCUAUCAAAAAGAUUAUGAAACCCUUUUCAGCUCCAGUCUUGGCAAAGCGAACUUAUCGUGAACUAAAGCUAUUGAAAGCACUUCGUCAUGAAAAUAUUAUUAGUUUAAGUGAUAUCUUUAUUUCACCUUUGGAAGACAUUUAUUUCGUUACAGAAUUAUUAGGCACAGAUCUUCAUCGUUUAUUACAAUCACGUCCCUUGGAAAAGCAAUUCAUUCAAUACUUUCUUUACCAAAUCUUGAGAGGAUUAAAGUAUGUUCAUUCAGCUGGUGUGAUUCAUAGAGAUUUGAAACCUAGUAAUAUCCUUAUCAAUGAAAACUGUGAUCUCAAGAUUUGUGAUUUUGGUUUGGCUCGUAUUCAAGAUCCUCAAAUGACAGGCUAUGUGUCCACCAGAUACUACCGUGCACCUGAAAUCAUGUUGACUUGGCAGAAAUACGAUGUGGCAGUAGAUAUCUGGAGUGCUGGUUGUAUCUUUGCUGAAAUGUUGGAAGGAAAGCCAUUGUUUCCUGGCAAAGAUCAUGUGCAUCAAUUCUCUAUUAUUACUGAAUUACUUGGUACACCCAAUGAUGAUGUGGUCUCUACUAUCUGUAGUGAAAACACACUUCGCUUUGUCAAGAAUUUACCAAAGCGUGAUCCUAUUCCAUUCAGUCAGAGAUUUGCAGGACAAGAUCCUCAAGCCAUUGAUUUAUUAGAGAAAAUGCUCACAUUCGAUCCUCGCCAACGUAUCACGGCUGAACAUGCUUUAGCACACCCUUAUUUAGCCCCUUACCAUGACCCUACAGAUGAACCUGUUGCGCCUGAAAAGUUCGAUUGGUCUUUCAAUGAAGCUGAUUUACCUAUUGAUACAUGGAAAGUGAUGAUGUAUUCUGAAAUUCUUGAUUUCCAUAAUGUGGAUAAUGUCGAUGGAUCUCAAUUCUUGGGCACACCUUUGACAGGUCCUACUAUGGAAAACCCUGAUGCUGCUACUGUAGAUGGUAAUGUGGUUGCUACCAACACAAACUUUGCUCAACAAUAAAAUAAUAAACACGUCAUGCAAAUUUGAAUGUCACAAAAUAAACCCUAGAAUAUGUCAAUUAUGUCAGG